AUGGUAAGGAGCAAUCCUUCAAUAAGGAUUUUACGGACUCGAUCAGUAUCGACGUGGCGUCGUCUCGAUCGAAGAGAAGAGAAGAGAAGAGAAAGCGUUACGUUGAAUCAAUAUGGCUGGGAGAGCUUCGAUCCCUGCUUGCAACUCUGCCCUUAUCGCUGGGAGAGAUUACGUUGUUUAGUCAAUUCUUUGAGGCAUUUCGUCGAACACAAACAACACAUGUAUGAAAUCGAAGUGGUUUUGUCUUUGCUCUACUUAGCCCGCCGCCAUUCUUAUGAAGAAGCGAGAGGUUCUGAGGUAUUCAUACAUCCAAAUGAUGUCGUCCACCCAAGUGUUGUCAUCGGAAAGAGAGUUUCAGUUGGUCCAUACUGUACAGUUGCCUCUUCAGUGAAGCUAGGAAAUGGCUGCAACUCUAUCCUUCUAGUCACAUCUUUGGAAACACAGACUAGUGGUGCUUUUUUUGGGAAUGAGCUUCCUGGUUGUACAGUCAUAGGAGGUAAUAACGUAAUAGGUCACGCUGUGGUUGGUGUUAAAUGUCAAGACUUGAAGUACAAGGAUGGGGAUGAAUGCUUUCUUUGCAUCGGUAACGAUAAUGAAAUUAGGGAGUUCUGUUCGAUUCACAUGUCAUCAAAGGCUAGUGAUAAAACGGUGAUUGGUGACAACAAUCUAAUUAUGGGCUCUUGUCAUAUCGCCCAUGAUUGCAAGAUUGGUGACCGAAACAUAUUUGCCAACAAUACACUUCUUGCAGGCCAUGUGAUUGUAGAACCGUAUGUUAUAGAUGUUGCAGUGAAGAUGAAAUGA